AUGACCAAGCCGGGGUUUCCCGACUGCGUGUACGCGCAAGCGGCCGACGCUUUUCGAGCAUCCUGUGUGGAGAAGAAUCUGGAUUACAGAGUCGUCCAUUACGCCUCCAUCCCACACCCUGCUGCCGGAGACACUGGGCGCAAGCGCAACACAAAACAAGACGAGGUUUGGGCAUAUGAGCUGGCAUUCAACACUCUGAAAUUCCAAGCGCUGUUGGAGGACGUCUUGAUUGACAGCUGCUUCCAGGCGACUCAACAACUGCCAGAUGACCUCCUGGCCCUGGCGAUGGUCAUGCUGUAUGACCUGCAGGAUAGGAAGUUCCUGCCCAGAGAGCUAAUGACGGGAGACGAGGAUGAGUCUGUGGACGAAGUGAGGCUGGUAGAGGACAGUCUCUUCAGGUCCAGGACUAAGCUUGCAGCUUCGUUGGCUCGCUUCAGAAUCAAGCAGGAUCUGGUGUGUAUAGAUGACCUUCUCCCAAAAAGUGUGAAGGAAAUGCACCAAAGAAAACACAAACUACCCACCUGUGCCUGGGUCAACACACUCAAGAGCAGCGUGGAUGAAGUGUGUAUGACGCUGAAGACACAGGGCUUCAUCCAGGUGGAUCCACACACACAUCUGGAAGGGAGUGUGUUCUGUAAGGACGCACACUGUCCCGAUGUCCUGCUGUUUCCAAACCGAGCGCGAGAACUUCUAGCCAAGACGACGCUGUUAAUGGAUCAUACGCUUAUAAUACAGGAGAAGUCCCGCAAUCUGGCUGUGUGUGCACUGCGCCCCCUGUUGGCCCAAAACACCGAUAUUCUGAUCGCAGGUUCGUUCUCUGCACACACCGUGGCUCACGUAGGCGUCCAGGCUUCGGUAUUUUCCAAUCACGUCUACGUCUGUGGCCUCCCUGCUGACUCCACCCACAGAGAGGAUCUACAAGCGACGCUGUCUCGCAUUGGCUGUAAAAACGUACGCUUGCUGCCUGAACACUUUGCCGAGCUGAGCGAAGGCGAUUCACGUCUCCAGAAGGUUCGAGUUGUUCUCUUGCUGCCCCGCUGCACAGCUUCAGCACUCGCUGACCCCGUAGCGCAUAUUAUUAAUGAGGACGGAGACAGGAAGUUGCUGUGGGAUCUGUCUCAGGGCACUGUGUCCGACACAAAACUGGAGUCUCUGACCAGAAAACAGAUACAAGACCUGAGCCAUGCCCUGACCUUUCCCAGGGUGCAAGGCGUGGUCUACUGCACGUGCUCAGUGUAUGAAGAGGAGAAUGAGCUGGUGGUGAAGAGAGCGCUCAGGAACGCUGCCAUUAGGAGCAAGUUACGGCCGUUCAGGAUAGCGUCUACAGGAUGGAUGGAUAACGAGAGGUUCUUCAGACUGCAGGCUUCCGGCCUGGGUGAUGGCUGCUUUUUGUGCGUGCUGAAGCGAGAGGAAACAGAAUCAGUACAGGACAUACUGGAACGUGCAGCAGCCAAAGGUCUCCUAAACGGACUGGCGCUUCCUGAAAAAGUCAAGAAACCCAAAGCAAAAGACACACCAAGAAGAGCUCCAUCCACCACUCCUCCUCCUCCUCCUCCUCUGGCUGAUCCCUCUCUCUCCAGUGAUCCGAACAUUUCCGAGCAGCUCCACACUGAUCCUGGUGUUGCCCUGAAACACACACCUGACUCACGCUGUUCGUCUCCUGCCCCGGACGACUCGGCUGACUCGGUUGACUCGGCUGCAGAAAAGGUAAAGAAUCAGGAUCCUGCUGCGAAAGAAGGGAGGAAAAAAGGGCGCAGGCGCAAAGGCAAGCGUCGAGGAGUAAAAACCAAGAGUCGGAGAACGUACAAGCGAAGGACGAGAUCGUCCCGUAAGAAACAGAGUCAGGAUUAACCUGUGUAACACACACACACAGCUUCUAGACAUGUUCUGCCUUUACAAAGACCAGCGCCUCUAUUAAAAAUGUAUA